AUGUUAGGCGCUCAGUGCACUGAGAAUCCACCAGCGCUGGGCUCAUCAUCUGCAGCAGAAGCAGAAGGACAUAUUGAAGAAAUUGGAGGCCGAAAGGCAUACGUCACUGGUCAUCAUCAGGAUUCUAACCUUGCUGUCCUUCUACUUUCUGAUGCCUUUGACAAAAUUGCAGCUUCAGGCUUCUUGGUAGUGGCUCCUGAUUUCUUCUAUGGUGAUCCGUUUGGCCGUGGAAAGUCUAGAGAGUCGUGGCUAGAGGCUCAUAGCCCGGACAAAGGUUGUGAGGAUGCCAAGAUUGUGAUUGAUGACUUGAGAAGCAAAGGAGUGUCCAAAAUUGGAGUAGCAGGUUUCUGUUGGGGAGGUAAAAUCAAUUUGAGAUUGGCCAAAUUUGACUGCAUACAGGCAGCAGUUUUGUUGCAUCCAGGUCCCAUUACAGAAGAGGAAAUAAAUGAAGUCAAGAUUCCAAUUGCAAUAUUGGGAGCAGAAAUCGACGAGCACGCACCACCUGAGCUCUUGCAAAAGCUAGGAGAUAUUUUGUCAGCAAAAGCAGAGGUCGAUAGCUUUGUGAAGAUAUUUCCUGGUGUUGGUCAUGGAUGGACCGUGCGAUACAACGAGGGCGAUGAAUUUGCUGUCAAGAGUGCUCAAGAAUCUCACCUGGAUUUGUUAAACUGGCUUACAAAAUACAUCAAUUAA